GAACGGGGAAAGGAAAAGUAGUUGUUACAACCUCGGACCACGAGAAACAAGAAUCCUACAAGCGAACUGCUGUGCAGACACUGGUAUAUCCGCCAGACCUGGUUGUAACUUCUACCGGUUCUUUGUAGUACAUCAUUCACCGAAGAGUAAACUCCAUUACCCACUGACUUAACUUAUCUGAAUAUAUUUUAAUGUCGAUUUAAUAGCCCGAUUUUUUAACGAAAUUCUAACAAAUGAGUGAUACUUGGUUUGAGGACUUGUGGACUAUUAAGUAGUAACGUGUUUUUUUAUUGUGUGAUACUUUUUUUCUGUUGAUCUACUUUUGAAGAUCAUGUGUGUAUUUUAAGUAGCCAACGUACAUUUCUGCUAAAACAUAAGAAUGAUUUUGAGGUAUUUUGCACUGCCAGCCCUAGUCAUUUCAUCAGUAUUUAUUUUAACGGACGGACACGGAAGAUUGAUAGAGCCCCCGAGCAGAGCAUCGGCUUGGAGGUACGGCUUCGACACGCCUCACAAUUACAACGAUCACGAACUAUUUUGCGGCGGAUUCACCAGGCAAUGGGUGAAGAACGAAGGAAAAUGCGGCGUGUGCGGAGACCCGUGGGAUUCCAGGAUACCUCGGGCUCACGAGUACGGCGGCACUUACGGGAAGGGUAUCAUCGUCAGGAAGUACAAACCGAACGGCGUCAUAACCAUACGGGUUGAGAUAACCGCCAGCCAUUGGGGUUACUUCACGUUCUCGAUUUGCCCGAAUUACAAGAACCCCACGCAGGAGUGCUUGGAUAAGAACGUACUCGAGAUAAUCAAACCGCAGGAGAACGUGGAGCACGAUGGCGUGAAGUACUUUCCCAAAGACGGGAAUAAAGUCUACGAGAUGAAGUAUAGAUUGCCAAAGAAGAGCUGCGAACAUUGUUUGUUGCAGUGGAGAUAUGUAGCAGGUAAUAAUUGGGGUCUGUGUCCGAAUAACACCGGUGCAGUGGGUUGCGGUCCACAAGAGGAGUUCAGAGCGUGUGCAGACAUAUCAAUAACAGGCAAAAUGGGCGAAGAGCCGCUCGAACCAGAAAUUGAAGAACCCGUUACGAUUUCAUCGACCACCGUUACAAUACCGACUCUAUCGAUACCAGAGGAAUCGUACAAUCCUUUGUCCGCCCUGCUCAUUUCGUUCGUGUCUUUUUUAGUGGCUUUUUCGAUAUUAUUCCUACUCUACUUUCACUUCUACCAGCUUGGUAGCAACGUCAAAAGGUGGAUCAAAGGGCCGCAGGAGAAGGGACCGUUGAACUUGCCGCCGCGACCGCCCCCCAGAGCCCGCAGGAGAAGUCCUGCGCGGCGGGUGAGCGCCGAUGAAAUGCACGACGUGGACUUGAGAACCGAAAGUUUGGCUUGAAUUGUUCUAAAUUCGAAAAAUUGCACGUGAUUCUCGUAGGUAGAAUGGAGAAUUCACUUCAAGAAUAGUCACUAAGUUUAAGCUGUAAACGGAUUAUUUAUCUUAAGUGUGUUGUUGUAUUUUAUUGUUUAUCGUUAGAGAUGUAAAUAAAAUGAAUAUUAU